AUGACUGAACGAUCAGAUCGGCUGAUUCCGCAUCACACCAGCCCUUAUGCGGAAGUAUCGGUUUGCGAGAUUUUCUGGUUGCUACCUGGAACACCUCAGGUAGAUGUUGAUGACGAAUUUCCGUAUGCUUUCGGUGAUACUCGUGAGUUUAUUGCACUGGAACUUAAUUCAACCAACCUACCUCCAACAGGACCACUGAGCAACAUACGAAUGGAACCAUUUUGA